AUGAGGGAAAUUCAUCAAUACUCGGUGCUCGCAUCGGAAAACCCGACUCAGAAGGCGGAAUUUAUGGCGCGCUACCCGACGGUCGCGAAAGUGGUAGAUGAUUUCGAGGGAAAUCACCUAAAGAUUAUCCAAGACGUCGGGGACGACGAGUUCGAGACGGAGGAUAAGAUUCGCGACGAGUUCGACCGAUUGCGCUUCGCUGUCGUGGGGCGAUACGAGAAAUUGGCUCGAGCCGCACGGAAGGCCGAUCCGCCGGCUCCAUCGUCCGCGUCUCGCUCGGCCAUUCGCCUGCCGAAGCUCGCGCUCCCUCAAUUCAGCGGAGAUCUCGCGCUGUGGCCGACCUUUAUCGCGCUCUUCGACGCGGCGGUUCACAAUAACCUCGACGUUACCGUCAUCGAGAAGUUUCAGCAUUUACUGACUUCGCUCUCUGGCGAGGCUCUCGGUGUCGUAAAACACCUGCCGUUGACAGUGGAAAAUUAUCCCAUCGCGUAUGACGCAUUACAGGCGCGCUAUUCGGACAAGCGCGAGUUAGCUAAGCAGUAUUGGCGUGCAGUCGUACACGCUAAGCCUUUGGUCGGGGAUACUCCCGCCUCUCUCCGUGCGUUAUUGGACGGGUUCACCGAGAACACGCGCGCUCUUGGAAUGUUAGGCUAUCCGGUCAAGGCGUGGGAUUUUAUGCUGUAUAAUCACUUGCUGGAAAAACUCACCCCUACGUUACGGGAGAAGUUUGAAGCGAGCCACAUGUCGGUGGACUCGCCGAGUUUCGAUCAGCUGGUACAAUACCUAUCGAGUUACUGCUCGGUUCUCGCGUCAGUGGCGGGUCCUUCGGCGCAAUCGGGCAAAUCGAAGCCGUCGACUCCCGCGAAGAAGGGCGCAGCGACUACCUCGCUCGUCACCCGGAACGCCGCGUGCGUAAAAUGCGGAGAGCAGCAUUUAUUAGCAAAAUGCGCCGGUUUUCUUCAACUCUCGGCAAGGGAGAGGCACGACCUCGCGCGUGACAAGGGAUUAUGCUUGAACUGCCUGCGCUCGGGUCACAACCUCAAAACCUGCCCCAGCUCGUGGACCUGUCGGUCCUGUAAAUCGAAACACCACUCGCUCCUGCACUUCGAGCAGGCUAACACGGUUUCUCCCGCAACCGUUCCCUCGAUAGCUUCGGGCGCCAGCGAGUCCGCGCCCUCAACCAUCGUCGAAAACAAGCCCAUCGUUUCGAUGGCCAGCGUUUCUAACAGUGUGGUGCUCCUUUCGACCGUGCGGGCCGAGGCCCUUGACGUUAGGGGCAACGCAUUUCCAGUACGCAUGUUGCUGGAUAGCGCCAGCCAGGCAAACUUUAUUACAGAAAGCUGCCUUCGAAGGGGCGGUUUCGCGCGGACUAGACAUAGCGUCGCCGUUUUGGGCGUCAACGAGACGAAGGCUGCCACCACUCGGGGCCUCACUUCACUCGUGAUUCGCGUAAAGAAUCGGGAUGAUCUUCGUUUCCCGAUCGAAGCCACGGUGCUCCCUCGCAUAACUUCGCCGUUGCCUAACCAUCGAGUUGACUCUAAGGAUUGGAGUCACUUAACGGGACUGCCGCUCGCGGAUCCGGAAUAUCAUAUGCCGGGCUCUAUCGAUAUAUUGCUGGGCGCGGAUUCCUUUGUAUCCGUGCUACGUGACGGUCGCCGCACCGGGAGAGCCGGGGAACCGGACGCCUUCAAUACCGCGUUCGGUUGGGUACUGAUGGGCGCGGUCUCUCCGGCGUUACAAGUGCAGCCACUGCACACCUUUGCCACCACGCUCGAGUCAAUUGAUGCCGCGGUGGAGCAAUUUUGGAGACUGGAGGACGUGCCGGAACACCCUCCUCGAUCCGAGGAGGAUCAGCGAUGUAUAGAGUUCUUCGAAAGAACUACUUACCGUGACCAUUCGGGUCGUUUUGUCGUUUCGUACCCGUUCGCGUCGGGCCUUCCCACGUUCGUGGAUUCGCGGCCGAUAGCCGUAAAUAGAUUGCGCGCACUCGAGCGCCGUUUCAAGUCAAAUCCGGACUUUCGACAGAGCUAUAACGCCUUUAUGCAGGAUUAUCUGGAUAGCGGUCAUAUGACCAUCGCGAGUGAGGCCGCUCCUCCGGACGGCCGGGUUUACUAUUUGCCGCACCACGGGGUGCACAAACUUGACAGUACGACCACCAAGCUUCGCGUCGUCUUCGAUGCCUCAGCGAAAGGCCCGAACGGGUUAUCUCUCAACGAUACGAUUCUAAGCGGACCGAAGCUACAGCCCGACAUAGUCGCGGUUCUCCUCCUCUUUCGCGCGAAACCCGUGGCUCUCACCGCCGACGUAAAACAAAUGUUUCGGCAGAUCUGGAUCACGCCGGAGCAUCGCGAUUACCAACGCAUCGUCUGGCGUUUUUCGGAGUCGGACCCCAUACUCGAUUACUUGCUUAACACGGUCACUUUCGGGAAUACGGCCUCGCCGUUCCUGGCCAUUUACUGUCUGCUUCAAUUAGCGCGGGAGAAUCGCGAACGAUACCCCCUAGUUUACACCACCUUGCUCGAAUCGUUGUACGUCGACGACGUCGUGGCUAGCGUCCGCUCCGUCGGUCAGGCCGUCGCGCUGCGAGAUCAGCUCCUCGAAUUGUUCCGAGGCGCCGGUUUCGAACUGCGAAAAUGGGCGAGCAGCCACUCCGAAGCGUUGGAGGGGCUCGACCCAUCAAUCUGUAGCGACGCGAUGCUUUCGUUUGAGUCAGCCGAUGACCAGGUCCUCAAGGUCCUGGGACUCCGGUGGCAUUCUCAGUCGGACACCUUUGGCUUUCAAAUCAACCCGCUGAAUCGGAACUGCACGAAACGCACCAUUUUGUCGGAGGUGGCCCGCGUGUUCGACCCUUUGGGUUUUUUGACCCCGUUGACGUUCACCGCGAAGUGCCUGAUCCAGAGGUUAUGGACGCUAAAGCUCGAGUGGGAUGACGAACCCCCGUUGGAGGUCCGCCGCCAAUGGGAGCGUUACCAAUCGGAGUUCGACGCGUUGACCGCGCUCCGUAUCCCGCGCACGUUCCCAGUGGGCGAUAACAUUCGAUAUGAGCUCCACGGGUUUUGUGACGCAAGUGAGCUGGGCUACGGGGCCGUAAUCUACCUGCGUGCCGUCGCUCCAUCGGAGAGCAAACGCUUGCUUCUUUGUGCCAAGUCAAGGGUGGCUCCCCUCCGCGCGGUCUCUUUACCCCGAUUGGAGCUCUGUGCCGCGUUGCUCCUCGCCGAUUUAACUGCGUACGUCCGUCAGGUGUUACGGGGUCACACCGUCAUUGACACUGAGCGCGCUUGGUCCGAUUCCACGGUCGCGCUCUGUUGGAUCCGAUCCUCUCCGCAUCGAUGGAAGACAUUCGUGCGCAACCGCGUCGCUCGUAUACAGGAGAGGAUUCCGAUUGCGGCUUGGGGACACGUGCCCACGGAUCAAAAUCCGGCGGAUCAUUGCUCGCGCGGACUGUUUCCCCGCGACCUCGUGGCUAGCUCGAUGUGGUGGGAGGGACCCGAGUGGUUGACGGACUUCGAGACUCACGUCGAACCGGUCCUCUCGGAGGAGUCGCUUCCCCGCGAGGAAGAGCGGAUCACCUCGCUCGUGUCACUCGAUCCGCCCGGUUCAUUGCUCGCGUUAUUGGAUCGCUUCUCGUCGCUAGACAAAAUCUGUAGAAUAGUCGCAUACGUUUCUCGAUUCCUAAGUCGUUCCAGGGCCAGGCCGGCACCCGCGACCUUGGCCGUGGACCAACACGAAUCGCAUUCCGCAUUGUUAACGUUAAUCAAACUCGUCCAGCUGGAUUCGUUUGAGGAGGAGAUCGAUCGUCUAGGGCACCGGAAAGGGCUGCCAAAACCGUUUCUCAAACUCGCUCCUUUUUUGGACCCAACGGGUCUUCUCAGGGUGGGCGGCAGGCUGAUUCACUCGGGAUUGGCCUACGAGACCAAGCACCCUAUAUUGUUGCCCAACAAACACCGGUUAACCGACCUCAUAAUCGAGCGGGAGCACCGUGCGAAUCUGCACCCGGGUAGACGCACGCUCCAAUAUCUCCUCGCACAACAGUUCUGGAUCCUCGGAGUCCAUCGCGCAAUUCGACGCGUGCUCUCUGCGUGUUAUAAGUGCUUCCGAGCGAACCCUCGCCCGAGUCAACCGCUCAUGGCGGAGCUACCGGUCGACCGCGUGAGCCAGGUCAAGCCCUUUUCGGUGAGCGGCGUCGACUUUGCGGGACCCUUCACGCUCGUCACUCGCCGAGCGCGAGGGGUCUCCUCGUUUAAGGCAUAUGUCUGCCUUUUUGUUUGUUUCGCGGUUAAGGCCGUCCACUUGGAGGCGGCGCUCUCGUUGACCACGGAAUCCUUCCUCGCUGCGCUGCGCCGCUUCGUAGCCCGUCGCGGACGCUGCUCCUUGUUAUGUAGUGACUGCGGCACGAACUUUGUGGGCGCUUCUCGGGAGCUCGCAGCACACAUGCGCGGCGCGGCGGAGCGGGAGAGGAUCCGAUGGUCCUUCAACCCUCCCUCUGCGCCCCAUUUCGGGGGCCUCUGGGAGUCGGGCGUUAAAUCUUUUAAAACUCACUUACGGCGGGUGGUGGGGGAGCAGAUUCUGACGUUGGAGGAGUUCGCGACGGUCCUCGCUCAGAUAGAAUCCGUAUUGAACUCGCGGCCGCUUUGUCCCGUGAGCACGGAUCCUCUGGACCUAGAGGUCCUGUCUCCCGGUCACUUCCUCACAAUGGAGCCCCUGGUGGCCAUUCCCUCUCCUGACUUGACUCCUCUCCCCGUGAACCACUUAGGUCGAUGGCAAUUAAUACAGCGAAUUCACCAGGACUUCUGGAGACGCUGGCAUCAUGAGUAUCUCUGUACUCUCCAGCAGCGUCCCAAAUGGUGGACCUCCGCUAAUCCGCUCGCCGUGGGCUCACUCGUACUCAUUCGAGGGGAGAACGCGUCGCCUCUCCAAUGGAAGCGCGGCCGCGUAGAGUCCCUUCACCCGGGUCGCGAUGGCGUUCCGCGGGUCGCCACGGUCCGAGUGACGGGCGGUUCGAUCGUGCGUCCCCUGGUGAAGCUGUGCCCCCUGCCGAUGGGCACACUUCUCCAGGCGACCAACCCCGAUCCGUAA